AUGCAACAUUCAAUGCAUUUCCCACAACAAACCUCAUCAUCAAUGUUGUCCUCACACUCUUCUCCACAAAUGUCACGACAAAAGCGUCGAAUCAGUUUUGCCUAUAUUUACAGCGUAUCCUUUCUAAAAAUGCGACAACUGUCUAUUGACGAAAAUCUUCGUGACGUUGUGUUGAUUUCGACUUGGCUUCAAAGACAUUUGAACAAACGACAAGAAACUCAACGACUACAUCAACAACAAGAGAUCGAAGAACAAGUGAGGCGAUUAGGACUUUAUGAAGAUAAUACAGAUUUGUAUGAAUUAAGUAAUAAUGAAAUGGAAGAGGGUGAAGACGAAUUUGAUUGUCGUGGUAUAAAAAUUCAAAAAUGA